CGUUUUAAGUGUUAAGUUACAGCUUUACAUCGGGAAAAGACUCAAAACCUGGAACAACCAGACAUCAAUCUUCUUAAGGAGGUCAAUCAAUAGGAUUUAUUAUUUUACUGUGGAAGAGAUUGAUAAAUUUUAUAUGGAUUAAAGAACAUUAAUCGGAAGAGUUGGAAAAAUAUGGGCUGAAUUUUAGAAGAAUUGUGAUGCUAAGAACUUUAAAGGAAAAAUUGGAUUUAGAAAAUCUGAAAUAUGACAAAUGACAUUGAACAAACAGGUCAAAGCAUUUUGAAUGUGUUUGGCCUUAAAAGUACUCUCAAUGACUUUGGAGAAAUUUUCUAUAACAUCUUCCUGUGGGCUUUGUUCUCCUGCGUGCUGGUCCAUGUGAUUGCUGCAGCCAUUGCAUUCUGUCGUCUUCGACAACACAAGAUAGGCCGGUGGAUGCCCGUUCUGAUCAUUGUAAUGGGGUUUUUAUCCCCCCUGACUGGAGGGGCCUUAUCGAGUGCUGCCAUAGCUGGAUUUUAUCGAGGAUCUGAUUUUCCUCUGGAGCCAGAAUUUGCCAUGUGUUGGGGAGUUGGACAAACUGUUGUGCUGGUUCUUGUUUCAUUUACCAGAAUAUUACCCUCCAUUUAGACAUUCCAUCUGGGUAUAUUCUAUAUUACAUGUUCCAAGAAUACCAUUGCCCUAUAUCUAGUCCACAUAACCUCCAUAUUGCCAGUUAAGUCUAAUGUAUUGCAAAAUAAUGUAUCUAGGGAUAUCCUUUCCAUUUGUCCAGGCAUAGUUGGUUGUCAUAAUAGAUUUAUAUAUUUGACUAAGUAAUAAACCUUUCAUAAAUAAUGGUUUUUAAAUAGAAUUGUUAAAGUGCUUAAGUUGUAUUAUUUAAAGCAACUGUGAUGAUUUAUGCGCAAUUUACCUAUUUGUUUUUUAAUAAAACUUUUAUGAAUAUGACUGCAUCAUGUACAUAAAAUGAGUUAUUUUUAUUGUGAUUUAUUACAUGUAUACGUGAUUUGUAGACCUGUACAUUUCUCUGUAUUUAAGGAUAGGUUGCAUAUUUCUUAGAAUAUAAAGUUGUAUCAAUGCUGUUUUAUUAGUGGAUUUAUAAUUUACAACCUGUGGCACUGUGCAAUAUUUUUUAUUAUCAAAUGGUAAAUGUACACAGCGAAAGAACUGCUAACCUUGACACAGGGUAUGUUUACAAAUAAUAAGCUGUGGUUUUAAGAAGUACUUUCAUUAAUAGAAAUACCAGUUAUGUGCUAAAAAUAUUCCUUUCUUUUAAAUCUGGGAUGAAUGUACAUAUUUAAUUUCUGGAACAUGAUCACAGAGAGAGAGAGAGAGAGAGAGAGAGAGGCACAUUAGCUAAUAUUAUUGUUUGCAUCUAUUGACUAUCUCCAUGUUGCUAUUGCAGUCUAAUAGACCAAGAUAUUUAAUUGUCAUAGGAAAAUGUUUUUUUCCCUCCUUUGGCACCCUUCGUAUCAAUUUUGAAUAUUCAUCAAAUGGCUUAUUUUUAAAUGACACGCCUUUCCACAAAUUAUUUACGUACUUAAUAUAAAGACACUUUAACAACGAAA